CUCUCUCUCUCUCUCUCUCUCUCUCUCUCUCUCUCUCUCUCUCUCUCUCUCUCUCUCUCUCUCCCUCCCACACCCUCACCCGUUCUUCUUUCAAUUCGCAACUCAACUCGGUCGCAAAGCAGAAAGGGUCAUCAGAGACCAGGUAGUGCGCCGGGUCUUCAUGCACGUAUUGGAUCCUCUCCAACCUCCGGCUUCUGGUUAUCUAUCAUCUGAGUAGCUGGUAACGGUGCGUCCUGGUAAGUGUUGACCGUUGUUUAUCAUCGCCCGCCUUCAAUCCAACCCAAUUCGUCGAUCCGGCACAUCGAUGGCCUUAGUGGCCCCUCAAGCGUGCAUUUAGCGCUUCCUUUCUUGUCUCGUUUGAGCUUCCAUCAAACCUUUCAAGGAGGUCGGACGAGUACCUUGGCUCCCAGUAAUCCUAGCGGGUCUAUUUUUUAGUGGCCGCCGGUUCU